UCUUUCUCCAGGAAGCAAGAUGGCAUCUGCUGCAGUUGAUCCACAACCGAGUGUGGUGACUAGGGUGGCCAACCUACCCUUGGUGAGUUCCACCUAUGACCUUGUCUCCUCGGCUUACAUGAGUACAAAGGACCAGUAUCCCUACUUGAAGUCUGUGUGUGAGAUGGCAGAGAAGGGCGUGAAGACCAUCACCUCCAUGGCCAUGACAAGUGCUCUGCCUAUCAUCCAAAAGCUAGAGCCACAAAUUGCAGUUGCCAAUACCUAUGCCUGUAAAGGGCUAGACAGGAUUGAGGAGAAACUGCCUAUUCUGAAUCAGCCAACAAACCAGGUGGUUGCCAAUGCCAAAAGUGCUAUGACUGGGGCAAAAGAUGCUGUGACGACUACUGUGACUGGGGCCAAGGAUUCUGUGGCCAGCACGAUCACUGGGGUGAUGGACAGGACCAAAGGCGCGGUGACUGGCAGCGUGGAAAAGACAAAGUCUGUGGUCAAUGGCGGCAUUAACACCGUCUUGGGAAGUCAGAUGGUACAGCUGGUGAGCAGUGGAGUAGAAAAUGCGCUCACCAGAUCAGAGCUGCUGGUAGACCAGUACCUUCCUCUCACUGAGGAAGAACUAGAAAAAGAAGCCAAAAAAGUCGAAGGAUUUGAUUCAGUUCAGAAGCCAAGUUAUUAUAUUAGGCUGGGAUCCCUGUCUACGAAGCUCCGCUCACGUGCCUACCAGCAGGCUCUCAGCAGGGUUAAAGAAGCAAAGCAGAAAAGCCAAGAGACCAUUUCUCAGCUCCAUUCCACCGUUAACCUGAUUGAAUUUGCCAGGAAGAAUGUGCAUAGUGCCAACCAGAAAAUACAGGAUGCUCAGGAUAAGCUCGCUCUCUCCUGGGUGGAGUGGAAGAGAAGCAUCAGCCAUGACGAUACAGAUGAAUCCCACUGUGCUGAGCACAUCGAGUCACAUACCCUUGCUAUUGCCCGAAACCUGACUCAGCAGCUCCAGACCACGUGCCACACCCUCCUGUGCAACGUCCAGGGGUUACCGCAGAACAUCCAAGAUCAGGCCAGUCACUUGGGGGUGAUGGCUGGAGACAUCUACUCAGUGUUCCGCAACGCUGCCUCCUUUAAGGAACUGUCCGAUGGCCUCCUCACUUCCAGCAAGGGGCAGCUGCAGAAAAUGAAGGAGUCUUUGGAUGAUGUGAUGGAUUAUCUUGUUAACAACACGCCCCUCAACUGGCUGGUAGGUCCCUUUUAUCCUCAGCUGACUGAGUCUCAGAAUGCUCAGAACAAAGGCACAGAGAAGGAUACAACCAGCCAGGAGGCCCAGCAACCUGAGCACAAAACACAUUAAACCUGUCCCUGUCACCAGUGCGUGGUGCAGCCAGCCAGAGGACACUUUCUGUUAUGUUUAAAUUAACCUGCUAGACAACUUGGAAUUGGGAAAGCAGCUAGCUAGAAAAAAAGGUCCUCGAUUGUAGUCAUUUGCAACUAGAUUAAGAGCUUUAAAGUUUUUGGCAUUAGCAGAUGAAUUCUGUUGUUUAUGUGGCUGGUAAGAAAAGAAUGAUAGACUGGUCAGAGUCUAGCCGGAGCUCACAAAAAGUUCCAGUGCCUUUAUGGUCUCAUUCUGUUGCUGCCACUGUUGCUGCCUGUUUGUAUUGAAUGAAAGCACCUUCAUGUGGGCUGUGGGAUAAACUUGUCUGCUCCAGUUUGGCCUGAGCAGGCCUCAUCAUUGGUAUGUCUUACAAUGCAUGCUUGUACAACUUUAGUUUUUUGUUUUACAUAAAGGAAUGCCCCCUAUGAAUUCAAUAAAAUUCACUACAGAAUAGAUCAAUUA